AUGCUAGACCAGUUCUGGGUGUUUGCCAAGGCGGCUGAGACGGUCUUUUCGGAGUCGCUCGGCUACCAGAUGGGCUUCGGUCGGUGCGAGAAAAUUCCUCGACAGCGGGACGCGAAGUCGAUCGCUCAAUUCCAGCGGGACUUGGCGAUCCGUGCCCUGGCUGCACCUUAUGCCGUGGAGCUUGAUGGUCUGCGGGCCGACGGUGAUCCCGUCUUUGCGGAUGGCUCUCACAUGGGUGUCCUUUCGGACGAAUAUCCAGGUGCCCUCGCGAUGGCAAUGGAGAAGUAUGUCGCCGAAGAUCAGAUGCCGAACCCAACUCGAAUUUUCAUGUGGUGGACGUUGUGCAUGAUCUUCGCCUCCCAGAGGUUCGACGACCAUGUCAAGCCGCACGAGCUCGAGGUGAAGCCGGAGGGUCUGUUCGGCGAAGCUGGUGCCAGUCAGGAAGCUCUGCAGAAAGUUACAGCUUUUACGUGGCACUCGGCCCGGGUCACCAUGCUUGAUCAGGCCGUCCACUGCAAGCGCACCGAGCAGGAGAUCGGGGUGCAAGCGAAUUGGAAAAACCCAGGUCCGCUCGUGCUCAAGUACACCCGGUCACGCUCCUCAUUGCCAGCUCUCAUGAUCAAAGAUCUGGUCUCCGAGGUCUCUAAGGAGUACGAGCCCGAAUGUGCUCGCGAAGACGACGCCAUCGACGAUCACGAAGAUCGCGGCGACUGUCUGACGGAGUUCUUCAUUAAAGUAGCUCCCGAGAAGGGAACCAGCUAUGAAUAUAAGUUUCACGUCUGUUCUGCCGAAUCGAUUGAGGAGAUCGCUUGCAAGCGAGAGAUCACCUCUGAGUUCGUGCAUAUAGGGUCGGUUCUUCCUGACCCUAAGUGUCUUUGCGAGCGCUCGCUUGUCGGCUCACAUAGGAUCGUCGUCAUGGUUGAUCGCACCGUCUACCCUGAUAAGGACAAGGUCCCGGAGCUCGCCCUGCGGCAGAUCUUCGGUCGACAGAAGCUGCUUGAGGAUCUCUGCUUUUUGCUCGCCGACAAAGGAAUGCUCUCGGUCGAGCGGGUGGCUAUGCUCGGCGACACCAUCACCUCGGUCAAAGCCACAAUCAAGGCCAUCGUUGGGGACGACGCCAAGUUCGGGCCAGACGAACCCGCCAGGGAGCUCUCCCUGACGUUGCUCGCGGCGGUCUGGAAGUCAACGUCCACGUUGCAAGAACACGUGGCCACUCGGCGGGCGAAGAUGGAGGAGGAUCCCUCGAAGAUCCCGGAGAUCCCCGGAGAAGAUCACGCAGAGUUUCGGGAGAUCUUCGUGAACCAGCACCCGGACGUGAUUCUUACUUACAUGCGCGAGCCGCAGCGAAAGUUCGUUGAGCGCAUCCAUCGUGACUACAUGGUCCACGGGGCGGUCGCCUUCUACGAGGUCGCCGAGAUGCGCUCCCGAUCUGAUCAGAUCGUCUCAACGUCCGGGUUCUCUAAGACCUCAGAUGAUCUGCUGAGGGUCGUCCAGCAUGACAACAAGAUCUCGGUCACGUCGGAAGGCAGUGUGAUGGAUCGACUUCAUGCAUUCUUUGUGGAGCUCGAGUACCUCAACAUUUGCGAGUUCACCAUGGAGGCAGGGCCGCUCAAGUACCUUUCUGAGCUCGAGGAAUGGCGCCAUGAGAACCGUGGUCUUUCGCUGCUCCUCUCGGCGGACUCCUUGCUCAGGAAGAAGGUCUAUAAGCUCUCCAACGACAAGCGGAAAGACCUCCCUACCUUUUCGUCGGCUCUAAAAGAAGUUCUAAAGAACCACAAGCAGCUCUGGAAGGACGCCCGAUCGACGGCGGAGCUCGACAAGUUCAAGCAGGUAGAGCACGAUCCGACUUCUACAAAGAGAGCCAGGUCUACCUCGCCGCCUCCGCCUCCCACGCCGACUUCGGAAGCUCGCACGAAAAAGAACCGUGACAAGGACAAGGACAAGUCGGGGAAGCCGUCAGGAGGGGCAAAGCUCACAGCCCGAGCCGAUCGCGACCCUCGCAUCUCCGAGAAAGAAUGGAAGAAGAUCAUGUCUUUCACUUACACGGGAGCUGCUUUGUCCGCGACGACAUGUGAAGCUCGUUUUCAGAAGCUGAUUUCGGCUGAUCUUGGCUCGGCCCCGCCUUGGUCUGCUUGGUCGCAGGUGCCUACGGAUCCCUAUUUGGUGCGAUAUCUCGGCCAUAGGUGCCUCGAGCUCUUCGCAGGCAGCGGCGUGUUCACCGCUCACCUGCGCCAGCGAGGUCUCCGCGUUCUGCCGCCGAUCGACAUCUUGCGGUCCCCGGAGGUUGCUGAGCAGCAAGAUCUUCUGGACGGCGACUUCUUCGAGCAACUUCUGCUCUUGGCGUGCAUGGGAGCGAUCGGCUUUCUGCACGUGGGCCUACCGUGCUCUACGUCUAGUCAGGCUCGACAACGUCCCGGUGGCCCACGACCUCAGCUCAAUGAGCUCUUGAGUCGCUCUCUGCUGCUCAUGCAGUCUGUGAUCACUGCGGGGGGCGACUUCUCCCUCGAGAACCCUCUCAGCAGUCUCGUCUGGCAGGUCCCGUCGGUUCAGCAGCUUAAAGUUCGGCACCACCUCUACAACGUGGAUCUUGAUCAGUGUGAGUUCGGUGGCGCUUCUAAGAAAUCCACACGUCUUUUGGUCAGCAAUGCGCUUUUUCUUCAGCUCGCACGCGCAUGUUCAGGUGAUCGUUUGCACGUUCCGCUCAAGGGCAAGGUCCGCGGCCCUGACGGCCGCUUGAUCUUUGCGACAAAGCCGGCGCAGAUCUAUCCUGUCGGCCUUGUGGUGGCGUGGUCCGCUGUGGUGGAGCAGAUCCUCCAAGGAAUUUUGCCGCAGUUCGCCAAGUCUUUCGACCUAGUGACGGAAGCUCGGCGAGUCUGUUCCUUGGCAAGGUCAUCGACAAGAGCAAGCUGCUCGCCUUGCAGCAGCUCAAGCGAGGCGCCGCGAAGCCGCUGCUCGAGAUCGAGUCUGAACCAGGGGUAG